AUGGACGACUCAAGACACGAGAAUGCUGAAAGGCCUGGAGACUCGCGGGUCACCUUGUCAGCAUUACUGGAGCGAGCCUACGUAUUCCAAAUCACCGAUCCCCGCGACAAAGUCUACGCGCUUCUUGGACUUGGACCACGUUGGGCCCAGCAAGUGAUCACUGUGGACUAUAACUCGGAACUCAGUGCGGUGUACAAACAGACAACUCGGGCCAUUCUUGAACAAGACCAUGCCUUGGCCCCAUGGAGUAGAGCUGGACUGUCGUAUCAACGCCAGCAGGAUCUACCUUCCUGGGUCGCGGACUGGUCCAGCUUCUUUCCGCACUGUCAGUACUCGUCAGAAACCCUUGGAAUUCCUGACCGGGCUUCCGGAGACUCUCAGGUCGACGUACAGUGGCCUUUCGCUGAUGAUGACAGUAAUUUGCAGACGAAGUCGUACAAAGUCGCGACAAUCUCGCAAGUAGGCCAGAAGGUGAUCGAAAAGCGGGCAUACUCUGAUCAGACAUUCGCGCCUCACGAGCUCGUGGCCGAAGCAGCCCAUGUUCUCGUAAUGAGGACCAGCUUACCUCUAGGGGAAACGGACACACUAGACGCAUUCCUACGCAUCUGGAUCGGAGACCAUACCGGCAUCAUCCCGACAAUACCAGCUCCGAAAAGCGCCCUCGAAGCAUCGAACACUCUCCUACUUGAUCAAAUGCUAGCCGCAAAUAAUGAAGACGUGGCAGCAGUAGCGGGCGAUAACUUUUGCUUGCGAGAAAUGUUGCUACUAUAUCUCGAGACGGCGCAACGUCCGAAGAGUGAAGUCUACACAACACCUUUGCCAUACGCUGCUCUCAUCGCGAAUCGCAGAUUCUUCAUUACCGCGGAAGGGUACUUUGGUCUAGGUCCACUGUCGACGCUUCCGGGCGAUGACGUUCACAUCGUCUCUGGGGGCAAGACACCGUACAUCAUCCGCCCCUUGGAAGCUCCGGACGGACACGCUCUCGUAAGUGAUGCUUAUGUACAAGAACUAAUGGCAGGGGAGGCGCUGGAGUCUCCUGGGUUUAGAUGGCAGGACUUGUUUGUGCAAUGA